AUGAGUAUCCUUAGUGAUGAUUAUACUGAAACUCAGUCAUUGGAGGCAUUAUGUAGUCAGCUUCAUCACUUUUUCUCCAAGCAGGAUUUCUUCAAAGUUGGAUGUGCCAUAGUACUCCUUUUACAAAAUCCAGACCUCCUUUCAAAUGCAAGCCAAAGACUAGCAGCAGUGACUGUUUUGCAUCAGAUGUACAAAGGGGAACCCAUGUCUGCAUGCCCAUUUGCUGGUGUCUUUGUUCACCUUCUGAACCCGCCUGAUGAGACUGUGAAAGGGACAUUAAAGAAACUUGAAUAUGCAGGACAGUUGCCUCGCUUGAGUCAACAAGAAAAAAAUUUCCUCUCCUUACUGUUGACAUCAAAUCAGAAAGAUGUACCACUCCUGAAGAAAACAGCUCGUCAAAUCAUUGGCAUGGAGCCUGCAGCUGUCCCUGCAGCAGAUGUGACAGGAUUGCAGUUGGGAUUGGCAGAGAGACAAUCUCAACUUCCCCAUGCAUGCAAAGCAGGCAUUCCUGUCAUCCUCUCAGAUCCUGACAUUAAACAAGGGACAAAUAUAUCCUCCACUGAUGCAGGUGUGACCAAGAAGACUGCUGAAGCCCUCCUGACUGGAUCUACUCCACUUGUUAAUCAGUGUUAUGUACCAGAAUUCAUCAGCCUUGUCCCACCUAUUUUUCACUGUGAAGAUGAAGUAAGCACCAUCAUACCUAAUUUUGUGGCAUGCUGGUUGAAAACCAGGCUUACCAACUGUUGGUUCAACCCAGUUUGGAAGAUCAUGGAUUUGUUAUGGAUGAACCCGAGUGAUCCUCAGUUCCACAAGCCCAUGUAUGAUACAAGUUUAUGUGCAUCUGAACUUGGAGGUAUAGAGGCAAGGAGAUUGAUGAGUAAAGCUUUUGAAGAAGCUCUCACUCUUCAGCAACAGCAACAUCUACUUGCUCAAUUGGAAAAGGAUCCAAAGCUUGUUUAUCAUGUUGGUCUUACUCCAAAUAAGUUACCAGACUUGGUUGAAAACAAUCCACUGGUGGCUAUUGAGGUUCUUCUCAAGCUCAUGCAGUCAAGUCAGAUCACUGAAUACUUCUCUGUGCUUGUCAACAUGGAGAUGUCAUUGCAUUCAAUGGAAGUUGUGAACAGGUUUGGUGGAUUCUGUCUCAUUCAUAUUGUCAUCAGUCACAACCAGCUGACCACAGCAGUUGACUUGCCGACGGAAUUCCUCCAUCUUUACAUCUCCAACUGCAUUUCUACAUGUGAGAAUAUUAAAGAUAGAUAUAUGCAGAAUCGCCUGGUUCGCUUAGUGUGUGUCUUCCUCCAGUCUCUUAUCAGAAACAAGAUAAUAAAUGUUCAGGAACUUUUCAUAGAAGUUCAAGCCUUCUGCAUUGAGUUCAGUCGCAUACGAGAGGCUGCAGCCCUUUUCCGACUUUUGAAGCAAUUAGAUAGUGGGGAGCAACCUGCAGCUCCAACGUCCAAGUGAGCUUGGAAGUAUGUGUCUUUCACUUGUGGCUGUGAUAUAUGACCUCUCGUUCAAAAAGUAGAUGAACUGUAUUUUUGUUCUCCCAAUUCAC